GAGCGGCGAGCACGUUCGUCGUUCAGUCAUUCUAGUUGGUUGGCCUUUGGCCUACUUGCUAUUUAUUAUUGCAUUAGCUGUAAAGAAUUUUAAAAUAAAGCAAAUGUAGAACUUGAUAUUUUUCUUUCCUUUAUUCUUUAUAUAGUUUUGUUAACUAAUUUCUCUGGACAUGAUUAAUUAGACUAUAAAAUGCCUAGUAUCAGGAAAUACCGACGUGACACGACCGAAGUCAGCUGUUGUUUAAAAUAUGUAAUUUUUGGUGUAAAUGUAUUAUUUUGGUUUCUGGGCCUUAUUGUGAUGGCAGUGGGCGUAUGGGCAUGGACAGAGAAAGAUACAUUCAAUAACCUGUCUCGUUUGACUAAUAUUGCUUUGGAUCCAGCAUUCAUUUUAAUAUGUGUUGGUACAAUAACAUUCAUAAUCGGCUUCACGGGAUGCGUCGGUGCCUUGCGUGAGAACACGUGCUUAUUAGCUUGUUAUGCAGUAUUUCUUGCUCUUCUUCUAUUGGCAGAAAUGACGGCUGGGAUAUUGUUCUUCGUGUUCAAAGAUUGGAUUAAACAACAAGCAACGACUGGUUUCCAGUCAUUCAUCACACAUUAUAGAGAAGAUCCCGAUCAGCAGAAUUUGAUUGACUGGAUUCAAGAAGAUUGGCUGCAAUGUUGCGGCGUGGAAGGUCCCCGGGACUGGGACCGCAACGCCUAUUUCAACUGUUCGAGUGGCGCGGUGGGCUCGCGCGAGGCGUGCGGCGUGCCCUUCAGCUGCUGCCGGAACAAACCGCAGGACAUCAUAAGGAACAAACAGUGCGGAUAUGACGUCAGGAAACCCACUUACAGUUUUGACAUAGCUAAGAUAAUAUAUGACAAGGGUUGCCUAGAGGCCGCCGAGGAGUGGUUCGAUCACAAUCUGUUGAUUGUAGCCACGUCCGCUGUUUGUACCGCUUUUGCACAAAUCCUCGGCAUCUGCUUCGCUCAGAACCUCCGGGCGGACAUAUUCGCUCAGAAGGCGAAGUGGCACUGACAAUCAGCGUCUCCUGCGGCGGUGUGAUGCGACGCGCGCACCCGCGGCCCGCCGCGCCUCCGCCUUCCGACCUUCUGAUGACCUUCUGAUGACCUUCUGAUGACCUUCUGAUGACCUUCUGAUGACCUUCUGAUGACCUUCUGAUGGUACACGUCGAUCUCAACUCUCAACUCAAAUGUAGAUUAUUCUUAAAUGACGAUUUAUUUAAGACUAUAAUGAAUCUCUUGAAUAUUUAUUUGUGAUUAAUUAUUCAGUUUGGAUUUAAUGUGAUAUGAAUUGAUGAAAAUGUCGUUACUCAGCAAUAUAACUCUUUUGUAACAGAUUAUAAC